AUGUUCAUUGGUGACGGUGCCAAGCUGGUGCGUGACUGCUUCGCCCUGGCUAAGGAGAAGGCUCCAUCAAUCAUCUUCAUUGACGAACUUGAUGCCGUGGGUACCAAGCGUUUCGACUCCGAGAAGUCCGGUGAUCGUGAAGUCCAGCGUACUAUGCUGGAGCUGCUGAACCAGCUGGACGGAUUCGCGUCCGACGACCGCAUCAAGGUCCUCGCCGCGACUAAUCGUGUCGAUGUAUUGGACCCUGCUCUGCUCCGAUCCGGUCGUUUGGAUCGCAAGAUCGAGUUCCCCCUGCCGAACGAAGAGGCUCGUGCGAAUAUCUUGCAGAUUCACUCGCGUAAGAUGUCCGUCGAGGAUAGCGUCAACUGGGCUGAGCUUGCCCGCAGCACGGAUGAGUUCGGUGGUGCUCAGCUCAAGGCUGUCUGUGUUGAGGCUGGCAUGAUUGCGUUGCGGAAGGGCCUGAGCAAGAUUGGUCACGAGAACUACGUUGAUGCUAUCGCCGAGGUUCAAUCGAAGAAGCGCGACGCAAAUGUCGGCAUCUAUGUUUGA